UCGUACUAGGGCCAACCUGUUUCCUGUUUUGCAAUAUUUUUGAUUUGUUUGUUGUUGUUUUUUUUUGUAUAAAUUUAAACAAUUCCGAGUAUAUUCAUUAGACACACACUCUGUCAACAUCAUCAUCAACACCACCACAAUUAUUUCUGACACCACCCCCGGGCAAUGUAUAUUAUUUAGGGAAAGAAGAGAGGGGAUGGGUAAUGAAAAUGGUCGCACACAACAACAAGGCUGGAGGACGAUUCAAGAGGGACGGAUCCAGAAUUUUUCAAACACAGGGGGCACAAGAGUUUUAGAAUAGGUAGCUUUUGCAGUACGAUGUAGAACUGCCAUCAGAGUGAUCACAAUUCCUCGUCAAAGCCUAUAAAUUUACUAACAUUGCAUACGGCAACAACAAAUCAGGAAAAUGGGAAUGAAGGCUUCCAAAGAAUACAGCGAGGAUACCAUUAACAUUCCAUCACUGCAUCGUGCAAUAGUCUCCUUGAUGGUACUGUUUUUUGUGUACGUCUUGAACCAGACAGAUAGACAAGUUCUACCCGUCCUCAUACCAGCAGGUUUAAGGUGCUCCUUUAACAGUUCUGAUCAGUGCGUCGUUCUCAUAACCAAUAACAAGACACCGAAAUGCGAUUGCAUAGAUUUUGACGACACACAGCAAGGGAUUCUCACUGGUGCAGCUUACACAGUCAUGUACACUUUGGCGGGAAUUCCAUUGGCACGGGUAGCUGAUAAGACGUCGCGUGUCAUCAUACUUUUAGCUGGUAUCUUUUUCUGGAGCCUUAUGGUUUUUCUGACUGGAUUUGCAAAGAAAUUCUGGGUAUUAUUAGUUGCCAGGAUGAUGCUAGGAAUUGGAGAGGCCUCCUGUAACCCGGCUGCUUACUCCCUCAUUUCAGACUACUUCUUGCCAUUGCAUAGAGCCAAGGCUUUAUCAUUUUAUCACUUUGGAAUUUACGCGGGUGGUGCUAUAGGAUACUCAUUAGGUGCUCUGAGUUCAGUUAUUUGUUGGAAAUGGACAUUUUUUAGUUUGUCAAUUCUUGGCUUUGUUACGGUCCUGGUUGCAGCCUUUGUUUUACGCGAGGCUCAAAGAGAGGCACCUCUACUAAAAUAUGGAUCAUAUACUAUUAAGGUACUCAACAAGCAAACGCCAAGCAAAAGCAUAUGUGAUAGCAGUAAGUCAGUGCAUUGCAGCACCAUGUAUAGUAGCACCAUUGCUGGUGCCCAAAGUGUCCACCUCAUAUGGACUCCUCUGCCUAGCCUACCUCACAGCUGAGACAUGGAUAGGCUGCUCAGCUGCAAUUGUACAGGAUCUAUUUGCCCCAAGCCUAAGAGCCCAAGCAUCGGCAGUGUAUAUAGCAGUUUGUACUAUAAUAGGUGGUAGCAUCGGACCGUCAUUGGUUCCCUUAAUUCUCAAUGUGUCUGGCUGGGACGCAUGCAAUAAAGGAAUGGGAUAUGCGCUUCUGACCAUUGUGCCAACAUCAUACCUUAUUUCGGCGUUCCUGUUCUUCCUGGUUGGCUACAUGAUGACAGAGGAGCUAAUCAUCUCGGAUGAAACGAUCCAUCUGACAUACGAGUCAAGCGAACACAGUUACUCAGUGUAUGACUCAUCAACAGAAGUUGAGAGUGCUAGUCUUGGCAGCAAGCGAAAGAGGAGGAGCAAGUCACAAGAAUUCACAUCAAGUCAACAUGAAACGCAACUCUACACCUGAUAGUUUUUCAAUUUUAUGCAAGCCCUUGCAAAUGUGUGUGCUGCCCUCUA